AAUUGAGCGAAAAACCCCAUCGUCGAAAUACGACGACGUUCCGGCUAAUCCAAGCAAAACCUUCUGCAACAGACUCGCCUCUUUCUAAUACAGUGGAGGAGCUCUGUUGUUCCAGUAUAGUCAUGACGGAGGUGGCAAGUUCAGUGGUGCACGAGGUGCUGGGUCGCCGUGUCGAAGACGUGGAUCAGCCAAUAGUCGAUUACAUAGUAAACGUCCUCGCCGACGACGAUUUCGAUUUUGGCGAAGAAGGAGAAGGCGCUGUUGAUGCUAUCGGUGAACUCCUUAUCGGCGCUGGUUGCGUCUCCGACUUCGAUGAAUGCCGUCUGGUUUGUGGAAAAUUAUCUGAAAGGUUUGGAAAGCAUGGGUUGGUAAAACCAAAACCAACAGUCAGGAGCCUUACAACGCCCUUUAGAAUGAACGAAGGCAUGGAUGAGGCUGUUCCAAAGAAGAAGCCUGAGGUCAUUGAUGGUCCUGUGCUGACUGAGCGUGACCGUGCCAAGCUAGAGAGGAGAAAGAGGAAGGAUGAACGUCAAAGGGAGGCACAAUUUCAAGUGCAUCUAGCAGAAAUGGAAGCAGUUAGAGCUGGAAUGCCUGUUGCAUGCGUGAAUCAUGAAAGCAGCAGUGGUCCAGCUAUCAAGGACAUUCAUAUGGAGAACUUUAAUAUCUCUGUGGGUGGUCGUGAUCUCAUUGUAGAUGGUUCAGUUACUCUGUCUUUUGGAAGGCAUUAUGGGCUUGUUGGGCGGAAUGGUACUGGAAAAACAACUUUCCUUAGACACAUGGCUAUGCAUGCCAUUGACGGUAUACCUUCAAACUGCCAAAUCUUGCAUGUUGAGCAAGAGGUGGUUGGCGAUGAUACAUCAGCGUUGCAAUGUGUUCUAAACUCUGACAUUGAAAGAACCCAACUUUUAGCAGAAGAAGCUCGUCUACUCGCACAACAGAGGGACAUGGACUUUGAGGGAGAAAAUGGAAAUAGCAAAGGGGAUCAUAAUGGGCCAGUUGACAAGGAUGCUUUUUCACAAAGGCUUGAGGAAAUAUACAAAAGGCUUGAGUUCAUCGAUGCAGAUUCUGCUGAAGCGCGUGCGGCUUCCAUUCUUGCGGGCCUGAGUUUCACUCCAGAAAUGCAGAAGAAAGCAACAAAAGCUUUUUCUGGUGGAUGGCGAAUGAGAAUAGCUCUUGCUCGUGCACUUUUUAUAGAGCCUGAUAUGUUGUUACUUGAUGAACCUACAAACCAUCUUGAUCUUCAUGCUGUUCUAUGGUUGGAAUCAUACCUGGUGAAAUGGCCAAAAACAUUUAUAGUUGUUUCUCAUGCUAGAGAAUUCUUGAACACGGUGGUCACAGAUAUUCUUCAUUUACAAGCGCAAAAACUGUCAGCUUACAAGGGUGAUUAUGAUACUUUUGAGAGGACUAGGGAGGAGCAGGUUAAGAACCAGAACAAAGCAAUUGAGGCACAUGAGCGAGCAAGAUCGCAUAUGCAGUCAUUUAUCGAUAAAUUUCGUUAUAAUGCAAAGAGGGCAUCUCUUGUCCAGUCAAGAAUUAAGGCACUGGAUCGAUUGGGCUGUGUAGAUGAAAUUAUUAAUGACCCAGACUACAAAUUCGAGUUCCCAACUCCAGAUGAUAGACCAGGCGCUCCAAUUAUAAGUUUCAGCGAUGCUUCGUUUGGUUAUCCGGGUGGCCCCAUAUUGUUCAGGAACUUAAAUUUUGGUAUCGAUCUGGACAGUCGAAUUGCAAUGGUUGGGCCAAAUGGCAUUGGAAAAUCAACAAUACUCAAAUUGAUAUCUGGAGAUUUGCAGCCGGUGUCUGGCACUGUCUUUCGUUCAGCAAAGGUUCGCAUUGCGGUGUUCAAUCAGCACCAUGUUGAUGGACUUGAUUUAUCUUCCAAUCCCCUUUUAUAUAUGAUGCGCUGCUUCCCAGGCGUGCCUGAACAAAAGCUCCGAGGUCACUUGGGCUCCUUUGGUGUAACUGGAAAUCUGGCACUUCAACCGAUGUACACUUUAUCUGGUGGUCAGAAGAGCAGGGUUGCAUUUGCGAAGAUUACCUUUAAGAAACCACACAUAAUUUUGCUUGAUGAGCCAUCCAAUCAUCUUGAUUUGGAUGCAGUAGAGGCGCUAAUCCAAGGUCUUGUCUUGUUUCAAGGAGGAAUUCUGAUGGUGAGUCACGACGAGCACUUAAUAUCAGGGAGUGUAGAGGAAUUAUGGGCGGUGUCAGAUGGAAGGGUGACGCCUUUCCAAGGGACAUUCCAGGAGUACAAGAAGAUACUUCAGUCAUAAUAGAUUGAUUGCUACAACAGAUUACAUAUGAUGGCAGAAAUGCUGACCAUACAAGCAAUUUUGAUGUUAGCCCCCGUCAUAUUUGGAAGUGCUUUGAACUUAUUGUAUAAUUGGAAUUGUUUUACUUAUGAUAUAAGAUUAAGCAUCUGUGGGGUCAUUUUUCUAAGGACAUUAUCUGAAAAGAAAAAAUUGUGAUAAUGGUUUUUUCUGUAUUUAAAUACAGAAGUUUUAUUCAUCUUA